AGGACACAGCAUUAUAAGCUGGUGUCAACACAGGUACACAGCACACCUGAGAAGUUGGACAACACACGCCCACACUUAUCUUAGCCAGGCCUCGUAAACUUAAACGGGUUUCCCAUAAAGUGGUUUAGCGAAGGGCACACAGUACUUUUUGGUUUAUCUGCUGUGUAGUGUAAAGUAAUCUCCAGUGUCUAUAUACAUAUAUGUAGUUGUUUUUCCAACAAAUUUCAGUGUGUUUUGUACGGUCAAUGGUGGCGGGUCAGUCGAACUGUGUACUGUAAACUAGGACGGUCAUCAAUAUACAAUGGACGGCAGGUGCCACCUGUGUCAAGACUUGAUUUCAUGAAUACUACAGCAGGUACAUGGAUUUAAUUAUCAAAAAGGUACUACAGCUAAGGAAAGGUGCCAAGGAAAAACAGUUGAAGAAAGAUUCCCUCCUGCAGACACGCCCCCUUCCAGAUGCGCCCUCUAUUGGUGAUGUUCUCAACACAAAAUGGAUGUCCAAGGAGAAUCUGUUAGCCAGUCAGAAUGAGGAUGAUCCAAACCUCUUUGUUGCCCUCUACGACUUCCAGUCAGGGGGAGACAACCAGCUCAGUAUUGUUAAAGAUGUCAUAACUGCAGGUGAACAGGUGACCAUCCUGGGCUAUAACAAGGGAGGCGAGUGGUGCGAGGUCAAAAACAAGGCCGGGGACAUCGGCUGGGUGCCUAGCAACUACAUCGCGCCGGUCAACAGCCUUGAUAAGUUUUCCUGGUACCAUGGACAGAUUUCUCGGAACGCAUCGGAGUACCUGCUCAGUAGUGGCAUCAAUGGAAGCUUCCUGGUCCGGGAGAGUGAGAGCAGCCCGGGUCAAAGGUCGAUAUCAGUCAGGUUUGAGGGAAGGGUCUACCAUUACAGGAUCAGCGAGGAUUCCGAUGGAAAGGUGUUUGUGACUCAGGAGCACCGCUUUAACACGCUGGCAGAACUUGUCCACCACCACUCCAUACACUCGGAUGGCCUGGUCACCACGCUGCUAUACCCUGCCCCAAAACGCACCAAACCCACAGUGUUCGGCCUUAGCCCCGAGCCUGACCGAUGGGAAAUCGAACGCACGGAAAUUGCCAUGAAACACAGGCUAGGCGGAGGUCAGUAUGGCGAUGUAUAUGAGGCAAUUUGGAAGCGCUACAACAAAACUGUUGCUGUUAAAACUCUCAAGGAAGACACAAUGGCCCUGAAGGAUUUCCUGGAGGAGGCCUGUAUCAUGAAAGAAAUGAAGCAUCCUAACCUUGUACAGCUGCUGGGUGUAUGUACGAGAGAACCACCGUUCUAUAUAGUAACAGAAUUCAUGACACACGGUAACCUGCUCGACUUCCUACGUGGGUCACCAAAGGGGGAGGUGGGGGCCACCAUACUCAUGCACAUGGCCACCCAAAUAGCAUCAGGCAUGGCGUAUUUAGAGACCCGGAUGUUUAUCCACAGGGAUCUAGCGGCCAGGAACUGUCUGGUAGGAGAAAAUCAUCUAGUCAAAGUGGCAGACUUUGGGCUGGCCAGGCUGAUGAAGGAUGAUACCUACACAGCUCAUGCUGGUGCCAAAUUCCCCAUCAAGUGGACAGCUCCCGAGGGACUGGCCUUCAACCGUUUCUCUACCAAGUCAGAUGUGUGGGCAUUUGGGGUUUUGCUGUGGGAGCUGGCUACCUAUGGCAUGUCGCCCUACCCCGGUGUAGAGCUCACAGAAGUCUAUCAUCUCCUGGAGCGGGGCUACAGGAUGGACCGGCCUGCUGGGUGUCCAGCAAACGUCUAUGAACUAAUGAUGAGAUGUUGGCAUUGGGACCCAAAGGAUCGACCUACAUUCAAGGAUAUCCAUAACUCAUUAGAACAUAUGUUUGAGAAGUCCAGUGUUAGUGAAGAGGUAGAGAAGGAGUUGGAGAAAAAUGACACCAAGCGUGUGCCCUCCAAGAAAGGUCGCCAGCCCCCUAGUAUGGAUGGCAGCGAGCACCUGGAGGGACGCAUCAGCGCAGGUCCGACACCCCCUGCAGGCAGGCGUGUGUUGCCUCCCAUGGAGGACACCGAGCUGACGCUACGACAAGCCAGCAAAUCUUUGUCUAAAGCACGCAAAAAGGCGGGACCAGCUCCCGCCCCACCACGAAGAACUACUUCAUGUAAAGACACGCCUGAAAAUCCCAAAGAUAUGGAGAAUGAACUCAAGGCUAAAAUGAAACUGCAGAAAGCUAAGAUAGAAAGUUCAACUCUUGUGGAACAGUAUGAUGAAAAUGAGACUCUAGAAAGGGAUUCGUCCACCGGAGACUUCACUCCGAUGAUGGUAACACUUCAGCCGUCAAAACGGUUUGAAUUAGGUUCGCCAAAAACUUUUCAAAGGAUGGAUUCUAAGGAAGCUUUGAAGGAAAAUAGAAUGGAGGAUAGUGGCAUUUCACAGAGUAGUACUGAGAGUCUAAAGCGAGCACAGAUUGAUAAAUCAAAAUACUUGAUCAAUACAGAUAGUGCGGUCAAGUCUGGCCACUUUGAACAUUCGCAAGAGCGGAGUAGUGGUAGGAAGUUUUCACUGCCUUACCACCGCGAAACUGUACGGCAAUCCGACCUAGAAAGUAAAAAAGUUGACCAGGGGACUAGUACUUUUGAGGAAGGUACAGACGCAACACCUUUAGUAACAUAUAAAGGUAAACAAUAUCCCAAAAAGGCCCUGCCUCUCCCACAACAGGCACUGGGCUUUCCACGUAGAAAAUACUCAAGUGAAAAUGUGCAACGAUUCGAGUCUGCCCAGUUGAUACGAGGGCGCGGCUCGCUGGAUGCUGAGAGUGAAAGUGUAACCAUAGGGAAAUUAGAUGUGGAUAACGUUACUAAAGCCAUCAGUAGAUACGGAACCAUUCCAAAGGGACGUAGAAUUGAAGCUUACCUAGCAUCAAUGGAGAGUGGAACCGAGAGAAAUCCAGUCCAGGAGCUUCCCCAAGUAGAGGACCACGAUUCUGGAACGGACACUGCCAGCAUUUCCUCAUGCCCGGUGCUCCUACCUGAGAAUUCAGGAGCCAAGGCGGUGCCCAGUGCUGAAGCAACCAUCAUCAAACCUGAACCCAAUGUAAAACCUUCAGCUUUUGUAAAAUCACAAUCACAACACACAAUUGUGGAGAACUCCGCAUCUCACCACGGAGCUCUUCUUCAGAGACAUAAAUCUGAUCUGACGCACGGUGCCAUGCCAAUCACUAUUGACCCCACACAACCCCCAAAACAUUACUCUGACCCCAAGCCUAAACCUAGCCCCCGACUGUCUCGCAUGUUCUCAGACCAUGGUGAGGCUAAUAGCCACGAGGGCCAUGAGCCACUUUCGUCUGUACCAACUCCAGUGUACAAGUCCCUGGGAGGGGCAAACCUUGACUACAGUCCUGGUAGUACCACAGACUCUACCGUUAUAGAAAGUCCGGAAUCUGUUGAAGCUCGACUCAAACAUGGAGGUGAGAACAAAGUUCAACCUCUGCGACCCCAGUUUACCCACAAGUCACGUUCUGCAUCGACAGGGGACUAUCCACGUGCAGAGGACAUCACACCAGAUGAAAACCAAUGGGCAAGUGUUAAUGCAGCAAUGCAACAGCACAUGCAAAUAGCUCAAAACCAGCUAGAGGAUAAAAAAGGUGCCUCUUUCUUAUCUAAAGUUGCCAUGUUUCAGUCACAGGGACCAGGGUCUAGUGAGUUCAGUUCCUUCAAACCUUUCACACGCGGGGAAGGUGGGAGGGAAUCACUGAGGGAUGACAAAUCAACAAGUAGCACCAAAUCGGACAUGGUUAUAAGAAAAAGUGAUCCUCGUGUAGAAAUGCAACCAUACAAGCCGACAGCUAGUAAGGAUGACAAUAUAUACAAACCUGUAUUACCAAAGAUGGCGGCAUCAUCAGGUGGGAUGAACCCACUUAUGUCCAAGUCUAUGAUUGAUACCCUAGAUACUGUACCAGAGAGCUACUUACAUGGACAGAGCUCCGAUUCAGACACACCAAAGGUUUCUCGUGAAACAAUUUUAGACACAUCUGGUAAUUUAAAGAGCUGUAUCGAUUCCUUAUUAGCAACUGGAAAUAAAUCUAGCACUAAUUUCAUGGUUUUAUCGGAACAAGUUCUAAAUUUCCAUGAGCAAUGUUCACAUUUUAUUGACUCUCUGCCUCCGCAUGCAAAGUUCCACGCUCGAGAGCUUUUGUCACGCCUGCAGUCACAUAGUGAAAAUCUGAAAAAAUUCAGUAGCACUAACCCAGGUGGAGGUGGUAAACUUAUCAGUGAUAUCAAAUUGACUGUUCAGGAAGUAAUUGAUCUUAUACAAAGGUGAAAAGUGAUGUUUCCAUUUCUGAAGAAGAAGAAGAAGAAGAAAUAAGAAAAAUUGGCCGAGGUAUAUGGAUUAGCUUAAAGUCUACUUAAGUUUAAUUUUUUCUCAAGAAAUUGGGACCAUGUUGUGUUCUUGGCAUUUGAUAGAUCUUAAAACCGAAGUGAAAGUCUAUGUGAUCCGAUGCAAGUACUGUAUCUUACCAAGUAUUUCAUUCAUAAAUACAAGGGUUAUCAAUCUUUCAUGGAUGUGAAAUAUAAGAUGCUGCAAGAGUCAUUGAUUGUUCAAAGGUGAAAAGUCUUGGGUCUGCAUACAUUUAGAGGUGAAAGGUCAAAUGAAGUGAAAGGUGGAACUCCAGGCAUUACCUGUGUUGGGCACUAUGUACCAAGUUGUUGUGAGUUAGGUACAGAUCAGAGAUCUAGAAGACUAGUAUUGUAUUUGUGUAUGACAUGUUUCUGUACUAGUUAUUUGCAAGUCAUCAAUAGUAUAUUACUGCUCAUACUGAGCAAGGUAUUUAUUGUCAUUUUUGUUUGUUUUGUAGAAAGAUCAAAAUCCAUUUUAUGACUCGUGCAACAGGUUCUUUUUUCCAUGAAAUUCCAGCCUUAUUAAAACAAAACUUGAUUAACAGAAUUUAUGAUCUGUCAUGUUCGUUAAAUCAUCCCCAUCAAGUGUUUUGUGUAACAUCAUGUGGCGUAUGUUGUGGUUCCUACAGGAAGUCUAGAUGGUCAAUGAGAAAAAAGUCUUCAGUUAACAGUUUCACAGCAAAAAUAUCUGAAGAUCAUUCUUUCUACAAACUUAUUGCCAAACAUGUGUUACCAGGUAUGAAUCGCGUGAACUCGUGAAAGCUGCACUUAACAGCGUACUUUGUAAUUCUGUAAACUUAGACUUUUUUCACUGGUUAAUUUUGCGAUUUCACUCGCAGCACGGUUGAUGUUAAUGAAGCUUUCAUGAGAUACAAUUACGAUACAUGCAUACAUAUAGUGAGCUCUCAUUUUAUGCAUGAGAGAAAAAUUAACAUGGAAUCAUCAAUGGUGCAUGAGAAGCGCAAAUUGUACGACACGUAAAAUUCUACAUUAACAGUAUUUUAAGUGAGGGUUUAAAUUUUGCAAAUGCAUUGAAGUUUGCUAAAAUGUGUACUUCAUUAUUAAUUGGGAUGGUUGCUAGUUUUUAUAAUCAUGUACUGAUGAGUCAUGAAAAUCAAAUCUGAGGUAUUAUGGUAAUGUUAUCACUACAAUAAGGUUGUUUUGAAGUGCUUUCCAAUUUUUAAUGACAGCUUCAUAUAACAAUUUACAUAAAAGGUCAAGGUUGUAUUGGUAUAAAUCCUAUAGUAUGUCAAUAUUUAAGACAAGAGUGAUACUUGUUUAAAGCUGAAAAUGUGGAAAUUAAUUCCUUUUGUUUGGCAUUUUCCUAACAUAGGCAGAGAUGUUAUCAAGUACCAGUAAUACCAAUUACGCAUUCUGAUGAAUUUGUGAAAUCAAAAAUUCAGUAUCAAGAUAUUACUUGUUCAUACUACCACGUUUGCUUGUUCCAGAAUAUUUCUAAAUAAUUUGUCUUGUCAAUCCCUUCUUACUGCCUUCUCAUAUAUAGAUAUUCAAUCAUUAUGUGAUAUCUAGACAAGAGCUUUGUGAUGGUACCGGUAUGGUACAGACUUAAAUGUAUGUGGGUGUAGGUUGUCUCCCCUUAAUUUAACUAACGGUACUUUUUACAAAAUUUGACACAUAAAUGUGUUUAAGGUGUACAUAUGACUCGGCUUCAGUCUGUAAGGAAAACCCAGUUUGCAAAUAAUGCAGGACAGUCAGAUUUUACAAUAAUCCCAGUUAAAAUACAAAAAUAAUAAAACAAGUGUUUUAACAUUACAUUAUGUUUGUACACAAAAGAUAAACUUCCAAUUCCAAAAUAGAACAAAACAUCAGAUAUUAAUAUUGGACUAAGUACCUGUUUGUAAACAUUCCAAAAGGUUUUCCUUAAUGAAUGCAGCCCUGAUCAUGGCAAGGAUUUGUAGGUGUAGGUUGUCUCCCCUUAACAUCAAUAACUGAUAAUCUAUGGACACUUGUGUAUGUUUUGUGUACAUGCAGAGGUCUUAGCUUGUUAGAUUAUUAUACUUCAGAACAAGACUAAAACGGUGAAACCUGUCCAAUCCGAUAUCUUGUUAUUCUGACAUCCUGUUUUAUCCCAUUCUUAUGAAAACUACCAAAUUACAAACUGACAUGCUGUCUGAUUUAUUGUGACCCGAAAGGAGUCAGAUUAGAGAGGUUUCACCACCCGUUUUAAAUGUUUUUAAGUGCUUAUCACAGGUUGAGUGUCUCACCCGAACUUCUGUGUAAUGACCACACCUCUACAACAAUUGUGUUCACCCUUGUUAAGGACACAGAAACAGUGUCUUAUGUAUACCAGUUAGUACACUGUUAUACUGCUGAAAAAAUCACCCGGUUGAGUCCUAUCUACCUAAGUUUAUACAAUCAAUUACUAUUGAUAUAAAUGAGAACAAGUUUAUAAUCCCUAAGUUGUAAGGUGUCUUAAGGUCAAGGUCAGUUAAUGUAGAAUAUAGAAAACUUCAUGUUACAGGAGCCUACUUAAUUUACAGAAGUUAAGGUAAGGCGUUUGUUUCUUUUUCCAUUGUUAUAAUUUGAGUAUCUAUUAAUACACUCUUGGACAUAUCUUACAAACUUUCAAUCACGUUAGUUUCCUCAUUGACAGAUUUAAGAACUGAAGUGUAAGUUGGGUUGAGGGCAAACAUUGAAGCUCACUACCUCAUUAGUGUAGUAUGUGGAAUAACUUAUCGUUCUGAUCAUCAUAAUCUUUCAGGAUCAGAAACUUCCCAUGUACUCUAUUUCAAAUAUAUAUAUAUAUCUGUAUUGCGAACAACUUCGGGCAUAGAAGCCUUUUUCUUAAUUCUUCUUUUACAGUCAGAUUUAAAGUGGUAGAUAUAUUAAAUACAAUUUACUGAAACAUUAUAGGGUUAUCUGUAAAGAUCUGUCAACUUUUAUUUGUUUUCCUUAAUGUGUAUGGUUGGAGAGAGAGUGUAACGUGGGAGAGUUUGUAUACAGGCAGGGAGCUCUUGAGGAGUUAUCGCCCCUGUCUGUAUUUUUGUACAAUCAGUUAUCGUGUCUUUCUAUGUCUAGUCCAGUAAGUUCUACCUGCUCCCCCCACCUUCCUCGGUAGUAUACAUAGGGCAUUGCCAGCUCAUUCUGCUCUCUCUGUCAAUCAACACAAGUUUCUAUGUAGUGUACCUAUACUAGCUGCAGCAAGCAUUAUGUGAUCUAUAAAUUGAAUCAAAUUGCAAGAUGUGUAUGAUUUUAUGGUAAUUUUCAACUGCAUUACCUUUGUAUUGUUUCAGGUACAUGCCUAUCUAAUUACCCAGGUAUUUUCUUUAAUAUAUAGGUGAUAAGGGUUUGAUUGUGUUCUUCAAUAAGGAAUAACUGUUCUGUAUCUUCCUGACUAAAUAUAAGCAUAAUAAUACAUGUACAUUGUACCAUUGAUAAAUUGAUUUGUACAAAUUGUUAAAAUAUAUAGAAAGAUAAUUGACUUAGGCGCUCAUAUUAUAACUUGUAGGAAGUAUUAUCAAAACUUGGCAAAUUUAUUGAAAGUUUGCAUAUCAAAAUCUCGUUUUUGGAAGUUUGCACGAAUUAAGCUUGUAAUCAUCAAUCAAAUUCUUUUCCUGAAAAAGUAAAAUGUCAUUCUUCAACUACAAGUUUACAAGUCCAUACUACCUGUACAUAUUAAAGCCUAGCUGAAGUUUUUGACAAUGUGUUUAUUUUUACAUGCAAUUCGUUUAACAAUUUGUUCUAUGAUGAAACAUUUCAUUUCAUUAAUUACAGCCAAAACAAUUAAUACUGAUAUGUAAAUCGGAACAAAAAAGGUUGUGAGAGGUGAAUUCCAUUCUGCUGAGAUAGACAGUCAUUUGAGUCGGCUAAUCAAACAUUGUAAAUUCUCAUUUCGAUGUUAUGUAUAUGUAUUUAGAAAUUUCUCAUAGUUGUAAAUACCAGAUAUUUAUACUAACAUUAGAGAGAAAAAAACGGAAAAACGAUCUGUUUAUACAAUUUCUACAUGCUGGCAUUAUUGUGUACGAAAUAUAUGCUGUAAAGGUUGUUCACAACUGUUUUAGAAUAAUUUUUUUCCCAAAGUAUUUUGAAAUAAUUAACAGCCCUUUAAAUGGUGUGAUGUUGAUCCAGGUAAAUGAUAGAACAAAGUGGUGGUGAUGUAGAUAUAUAUAUAUAGCCCUUGUUUUAAUGUAUUAGUAUAUGUUCACAAGAUAUUUAUAUUCAGAUUUGCGUGUCCCAACGAGAUAAUGUGAAAAUAUAUAUCUUGUGAAUUAUAACUGACUUACAGUAAUCAGUCCCUUAUAGCCAAACCCAAACAUCACAUUGUUGUAGACAGUUGGAUUAAAAUAUAAUUCACUCAUUUGUGUUAAUAGGUUGUCAUUCUGUCGGUCAAGCAUACCAUGUGAUAAUCAGAAUCUGUCACAUUACUCAACAGUGACAUUGUUUUGUAAAUACAUGUACCGGGGUACUUCCCAAUUUCCCUCCAUUUUCAAUUGCCAUAUCCCCCAACCUCUCGCUGUCAUCAUCAUGGGUCAACACCUAAUUGGAAGUAUUGGAGGAAGAUCAGCUGGGGACUCCCUAGAUGCCUGUUUCCCAACAUAAGUCAUUUGUUUAAAAGCGAAACUGGACUGUUUCUUUCUACACUGUCCCUCUCCGAAACUGCACCUGGAGCUCGACGUUGGUUGUAUAUCAAUUGUUGAACCUAUCUUUAAAUUUGAAGUAAUAAGGUUGAAAUUUUCAAUUAUAUAAUACUACGGUAAGUCCUAGGUGAACAAAUGUCAUUGUGUCUCAUCAUUAUAAUACAGUGCCCUUCCUCUAAACACACGUGUAUAUAGAGAGGGAGAAGUGUGGUGUUCAGAUUCGAGAGGCUGUCUGUAUGUGCUUACUUGUGAUACCAUACAUUGUUUAAUAUUUAUUUAUUUGUGGUAAAGCUUUUACAGAAAAUCCUAAUUCUUUUUAGACAAAGAAACUAUUUUGUCAUUGUUUUGAUAAAUUCCUACUUAACAUUAUGACUGUGAAUAUUUGUAAUUAACUCCUCUUCAACAGCCAUUGCUGAUGGACAUACUUGUAAAUUUUGCUUGCUUUAAAUGGCCUCGACCUUGUGACGAACACUUUUCCAUGCUUCUAGAACCAGAUGAUGGGUAGAUAGUUGCAUGGAAAGGUUACAGGUUUAGACCAAAUGGGAACAUGAAAUGCUUGUGAAUGAAGUGCAAGAAACUUGUACAGUGCUCAUGGUCGGUUUAAGUGCAAGAUACUUUUUUAUCUUAUUAAUCCUACAACCUUAAUUUCUUCCCAAGUGGGACAUGAAUGGCAUCACCCCCAAAAUUGGGAGAAAGUAGUUUUAUACUCAUUUCUGUAUUUCUCCAAACAAUAUGUCUGAAAAAUUGGAAAGAAAUUGAGGUUGUUAACAACAUAUAAAUAUAUUUUGUGUGAGUGAAGUAUGCAUGUUUUAUAAUCGAGAGAAAGUGUAUUAGUUGGAAGUGAGGCUGUGUCAUGUGUCUGUAUGAUGGCUUUAUAAUCUGUGUACCGAGUGCAUUGUGAUGAGAGAAGAAGCUCUAUACUAGACAUGCAAGCCAAUUUUUGUCCAAAAAAGUCAAUGUAUAUGGUUGUACAUUAAUGUGAAAAUAAAACAAUUAAGUACAU